UGUUAUGAACAGAAGCAAUAUAAAAAUGGACUCAAGUUUUGCAAGAUGAUUCUUUCGAAUCCAAAAUUUGCUGAACAUGGAGAGACUUUGGCUAUGAAAGGCUUAACAUUGAACUGUUUAGGAAAAAAAGAAGAAGCAUAUGAAUUUGUUCGUAAAGGACUUCGUAAUGAUGUCAAGAGUCAUGUCUGUUGGCAUGUAUAUGGACUCUUGCAGCGUUCUGAUAAGAAAUAUGAUGAAGCUAUUAAGUGUUACCGAAAUGCCCUGAAAUUAGAUAAAGAUAAUCUGCAAAUUUUGAGGGAUCUCUCUCUGUUGCAGAUCCAGAUGAGAGACCUUGAAGGUUACCGAGAGACAAGGUAUCAGCUUCUUCAGUUGCGCCCAACACAGCGUGCUUCCUGGAUUGGGUAUGCUAUUGCAUACCAUUUGCUGAAAGAUUACGACAUGGCACUAAAACUAUUGGAAGAAUUUAGACAAACACAGCAAGUUCCUCUCAACAAAAUUGACUAUGAAUAUAGUGAACUGAUAUUAUACCAGAAUCAAGUGAUGCGAGAAGCAGAUCUAUUUCAGGAAUCUUUAGAACAUAUAGAAACAUAUGAGAAACAAAUAUGUGAUAAACUUUCAGUGGAAGAAAUUAAAGGGGAAAUGUUGUUGAAAUUGGGAAGAUUAAAAGAAGCCAGUGAAGUAUUCAAAAAUCUGAUUGAUCGGAAUGCGGAAAAUUGGUGUUAUUAUGAAGGCUUGGAAAAAGCUCUGCAACUUAGCACUUUAGAAGAGAGGCUUCAGAUUUAUGAAGAAAUUAGUAAGCAGCACCCCAGAGCAAUUUCACCUAGAAGAUUGCCUUUGAAUCUUGUCCCAGUUUAGCCUUGGUUCCAGCUU